AUGAUAUACAACAUCCCACGAUCUAUCGAGACAUCGGAGAUGCCUGCUCUUCAAGCUAGACAAGCAAAUACACCAUCAUGCAACCCAAGCUUUUCCUGGAUUCCUCUGGGCGCCUGCGUAAUCACGCAGGCCAACGGGCCCACGAUCCACUCGUGGGGAGCUCGUGUUGGAGUUGGCGGCAACCAACAGCUUUGCGUGACGCCAUCUACCGUAGUCAACUCCACCCUACUCAUGGCUCCAUCCGUAUGUGACGACGCGCAGCUCGCGGCAGAAAACAUGACCUACAGCCAGUGCGCGAGCCGGCGCGGCGGCUUCAUCGAUCCCAACACGCUCUCGGCGGCCUCGUCAGCCGAGCUCGGGACAUUGUCAUCUCUGAAUCCCGGAUGGCCCGCCAUCGCCGGCCCCGACGCUUUCAAGUCCGCCGUAGAUGCCGUCAUGCACCUCCAUGGAGGACCGGAGAACGACGUAUCUAUGCUGCAAGGUAUCAUUGCCAGCGGGCGCAACCACACGACCUCACACCUGGGACUAGGAGAUCGCUCCGUGGUCCUGGAUGCGUUGCUGAUCGAGAAGCACAUCAGCAGCCGUAGCUUCGGUCUCAACGCAGGCUCGACGAGUGUAUCGGCACCUAGGGAUGGAGGUAUCGUCUUUGGUGACUACGAUGCGGGUGUUGCUGAAGGCACUUUCGUUCAGUACCCAAUGACAUAUUCCCAGAUCCUCAACGACCGCGUGUGCCCACUGCAGGUCACCAUCAAGCAACUCUCGCUUCGGCAGCCAGGCAUGCCCGAUAACAAGUUGUUUGGAGCGGAGUGGCCUCUCCAGGCGUGCAUUGAGCCCUACGACAAUCUCUUUCGUCUUCCCGGAACUCUAGUCAAGAACAACCUCAUCCCGGCAGUCGAAAGCAUCCUCGGAUCUUCCCCAGUCGUACCGCCUGCUGUCAAGGGGCUUUGGGUCAACGAGCCGGGGCUCACAUUUCCAAACAACAAGAGCAGCAUGGUCGACGCCAGUCUUGUUGUGACACUCGACAAGAACUUCACUGUAGAAAUCCCAGCAUACGAAUUCGUCCGACCGCUCAAGGGCCUGGCCGCGAAUGGGACCAGCGUCGUCGACAACAGCUUCUCCGAGGUGCAGGUGUAUUAUGACAGCAACGAGCCCCUGAACGCGGCGGUGUUGGGAAAGGUGUUUCUGAGCCAGGUGUAUCUGUUUGUGGACUAUGACAACCGUGUUUUGAAGCUGGCGAAUAUGAAUACGGAAUCGAGGAGCUCCGUGCCGCUAGCUGGUGGAUCGGGAACUGCUGGCUGCGGCGAAGAGCAGAGCGGCGUACACGGUGCUACUAUCGGAGUCAUUGUCAUAGGCGCUGUCGUAUUUGUGUUGCUUUUGUUGUUGAUCGGGGCCUGGCAGUGUAGGCAAUGGAGGAAUGGAAAGAGGCCUACCAACGCAGAGGCGGGAGAUGACAGGGUCCAAAGAGACGAUAUUGUAGGGCAGCAUCUUCCGGAGGUUGAUCAUCGAGAGCUCAACCCGGUAGUGACCAACAACCAAAGAUGCUCGGUGAGCCCUGACCUCAUUGACCUCAAUCCAGAGCAAGUCAUUUCUGCGUCGCCGGAGCCGAUGAGGGGCACAGUGACGCAAGAGGUGUCGGGCAAGGCAGAGCCAAAAGAACUGGCAGACACCACAGUCUCAUCGCGGUCCAAGGAGGAGUUGGGUACCGUUUUAGCAAGAGGACUAUUACUAGGAGACUCUCCUUGGGGCAGCGUGUCGACAGUUGGCGGCGGCGGCAGUGGUCACGCAAGGAGGCACAUGAGUAGCGGGACUGGCAUCAGCCCCUUGGAGCCCCGAGUGUCCAACCCCUGA